GACAUCAUAUUCCAAAUAAUAAUAUAUACUGUUAUAUUAUUAGAAGCGCAGCAAUAUAUAAUAUAGGCGUAAUAAUAAUGAGGUCGGCAGCAGCAGCUUUGGCGAAGGUGGCGCUCUGGGUAUCCCUCGCCGCCGCCGCCGCCGCCGCAAACACGGACGCUUCCUGGUGGGCCUACACGCACGUCCACGUGGUGAACGAAUUCGGCGGCGGCCGGGUGCUGACGGUGCACUGCAAGUCGAGGGAUGACGACAUGGGAACGCACUGGGUUGGGCCCAACUCGGAGUACGAGUGGAGGUUCCGGCCCAGCAUCUUCGGGAACACGCUGUUUUGGUGCCACGUUUGGAAGGGCGGCAGCCAGAUCGUCUACGACGCCUAUUACGCCGACGACGACAAGCUGUACGACAGGGUCUACAUGGACAACUCGUACUGGGUUGUUAAAGACGACGGCCUUUAUUUGCGUCAGUUUUGGAAAGGGAUAGACGUCUUCUGGCGCCCAUGGCCUUGAUCAUAUAUUCAUGCAGCUCUAGGGUUUCCCACUUUAGUUUAGCCGUAUUUUUCUGUGUGGCGUCGGGUCGGGUCGUUCUAGCCUUCUGUUUUUUCAAUAUUUAGUUCCUGUGUUAGAAGGAAGAAAUGGGGGUCGAUCAAUAGAUGGUAGCUAUAAUUAGUCGAUAAUAGAUGAUGGUGUUGUUAGCUAGCUAGCUAGCUAGGAAUCUUUGAUCAUUUUUCAAUUCAGUGUUAUGAAUAAAUAAAAUGGGAUUGAAAUUUGUGGUAGUUUGUUCCUGUUAUUCAUGAGACGAAUAUCUGUUAGUGGAAAGAGGUGUUUAAUUCGGCAUAUUUUUUCUUUUGGGGAAUAUAUAAUCCAAUUGAUGUGGAGAUCGGUAGCUAUAUGGGCUAUGUGAUUAAUAUUCGAUAUUCUACAAAUAUUCUUGCUGAUUUCUCCAACAGAAAAUCUACAAGAAGGUUAUUCCUGGAAAAAGAAAAUGCUAAUUCCACUAGAAGAUCACAACUAUAAGAAAAAUGUCGAUUUUGUCAUAAAAUUACUAGCAUGAAUUAUGAGACUUUUGGGACAUUUAUGUCCUGGCGAUUUUAUUGACUGUUAAAGAUAACGGUUAAAGAGACGGUGGUCAAAACGACGUUGACUUAUGAUGAGGUCGCAAACGUGGUUGACAAGUAGAUGCCAUGUCAUUGAUGAUUGAUUUUUUUUAUUUAGAAUAAAAUACAAACAAAACAAAAAAUCAUUCUUCUAUCCUCGGCGUCCUCACAAUCUCCUCCCAAUCACUAUCGAACAUCGCCACCUCCAUACUUGACCAAGUCUCUCUCCCUCUCUCUUCAAAGAAAUGGGAAAAAAUUACUAUGUUUGGGAGGGCCAUGGCCGUCUUGAGGUCCAUGGAUGACUCGCAAGAGGGCCCAUGGACAUGACUGAGAAGUCCAUUUAGGCAAAACAAGAGGACCCUGGGAAAGAUUGAAAAAUACUAAGUUCGAAAAAGAUAAGUCGUAACACAAGAGGGACCAUGGUCGCGAAUGAAGAGGUCAUGCCAUGACAAGUCUCAUGACCAAGACCGAACGCCCAAAAAUAUACUACGUCUGGGAACCAUGGCUGUCUUGCGACAGGGGUCGUGGCCAUGACUGAGAGGUCCACGGCUGUGUCGCAAGAGGGGCCAUGGUAUGACUGAGAAGGGCAUAGUCGUCCAUCAUUAUAUCACUAAUCAUGCGGAUACGUUCCAAGAGGUCCAUGACCGUGAGACAAGAGGGUCAUGGACAUGAGUAAGAAGUCCUUGUCCACGAGGUAAAAGGACCACGACCUCCUUUGCGAGACACCGCAUGCUCAUCAAAACACUAAUGUGGCACAAGAUUUGGAACAAUACUAGGCGAGACAAGCUACACUCAAAGUCCAACAAUAAUUCCAAGAGAUGCACUUAGGUGGUUGAAGGAGUAACCACCACUCCAAAAAAGAGGAGCGGUUCUUUGUAGCAGUUAUUCAAGAAGUAGUUUUCUACGACAAUUAUCUUCGUAUAAGUUAUAACUAUAAAUAUGAGGAAGGGUCGACGGAGAGAGGGUUUCCAAAACUAUACAGCUUACGCCUACAUCAAGUUUUUAUCUCUUCACUGCAAAUGUAGUCAUAGUCAUAGUCAUAAUUUGGAACUCUCGUUGAACCUCCAUAGGAGUAGGAGUAACUUAAUUUAGUAUUCAUUCCAAAAAACAUCAAUCAAACACCCUCGUUUGAACUUUGUUUGAAAAGGUGUGAGUCGUGUCUUAGUAAUCAUUUGGUAAGAAGUCAAAGGUUCAUUAAUCUCAAUUUUACGCAAGUUUUCCCGUCAGAAAAUAAAUUGGCACACUUGGUGGGACAACGGUGUUUGAUUUGAUAGCUCAAAGACGGAGGAACCAUUAAGGUGAUGCUCCACCUGGGUUUGUGGAAAAUCAAGUUAAAGAAGUUGGUGUCGGAGACAAUGACAGGAUGGAGCAUCUCCAGGUGCCGACUCUAAAAUAUGAACUUAGACGUACUCACCACUAUUGGGUCACUUCACCAAUUUAUUGAGGAAGCUUUGGAAAGAGACACACUUCAGGCCAAUUCUUAAAAUUUUGGUUGUGAAACCCUUGCUUCAUCUUCAUUUCUCCUAUUUAUAGCCAUCAAGUGUAAUUGCCUCUUUGUAACCGCUUCUCUACUACUUGGUGCUUGAUGUAGCUUGAUUGACACCCUUGCUUCCAUGCAUACCACUUGAUACAUUGACGACUUAACUUGAUAAGUAUCUUCCUUGCUGGCUUGUCUUGUACCCUACUAGGUAUGCUCGUGCCUAGCAUGCUUGCCUGCUUGGGUGUGCAUGAUGCCAUACUUGGUACCCUGGUGCUUGGUAGGAAGGCAAGGAAGAGUUUCCAUAUUUAACCAAUUUUCACCCCACUUUAUUGCAUCAUACUUGACUAUGUAUUUGCUUGAUAAGUGAGCGGCGAGGGGGUUGACCCCUUGAUGAGCGGCAUCAUGCUUUUAGUGUCUUGAAAAGGGAUACCCAUGCACUAACCAUGAUGGGUAGGCGACAAGGCAUACAUGCACUAACCUUCCUUGGAUAAAGUCAUGUUUGACACCCCCAAUGCUUGGUAGGUUCACAGCGAGCAUACAUGACAGCUGGAUAUGUGGACUUCUUGAUAGGAGAGCAGUGAGGCUUCUACACUUAGCCAAAUUCGACCCCUCUUAGAUGAUGUCAUGCUUGACACCCCCAAUGCUUGGUAGGUGGGCGAAAAACUUGACAACUAUGUACUUGAUUGGUGGAUGUUUGAUAGGUGGGUACUUGGGAUAUCCAUGCCGACCCUUCUUGCAUGAUGUCAUGCUUGAUGGUGGGUACUUGAGGGGUAGACGACGAUGCAUACACCAACAUCCACCCCUCCUUGAAUGACGUUAUGCUUGAAGUCUAGGUGCUCGGUAUGUGGUUACUUAGGUUAGAGUUGCAUGUACUGAGGUACCUGGCAUGAUGAUAUGAGUAGCCCAAAAGUCUAUCUUAUAAUUACGCCUAACUUAGAUCAAUUUAAUUAAUAUGGUUAAGUUGGCCUUAUAAACCACUAAUUAUAAACCACUAAUCAAUGUGGUACCUAGUAAAGUUUUAGUGGUAAA